AUGUCUAUCGAGGCACAACACCAGCUAUACGAGGAGAAAUACUUGGGACAGCAGAACAUCUACGGGAACCAACAGCAGCACUUGAAGCGUAUGAACCAGAAGCUCCAAAACAACCUCCGUAAGGAACAGAUCAAUCGUGAGCAACACCUGAACCAGGGUCGCCAGCAGCAGCAAUAUCAACAGACAACCCACUUCACCCAGCUGCCCCAUGCAACCCAAUUGCCCCAGUUAAUGCAGUCGUCCCAGUCGGCUAAGAAAGAGCCGGAGCGCGAUCAUUACCUACAGCAUCUGCAACAGGCCCGCCAGAAACAGGCUCGCAAGCAGCUGCCUCAGUCGAUGCAGACAUUCCAGGCGUCUCGGCAACUGACGGAAGACGAAAGUCACCUAGAGCAUUUGCGACUGGCCCGCCAACAACGGGCUCACCAGUCGAUUCAGACAUUCAUGUCUGAUCCGCGCAAGACGGAACACGAACAGCACCUAUACAAUAUGCAAUUGGCCAACCAGCAGCAUCAGUACCUGGUGUCGUCACAGUCGCCACAGACACAGACACCCAAGUCGGCUCAACAGCAAAUGGAUCACAAGAUACACCUACAACAAUUGCAACUGGCCCACGAGCAACAGGCUCGCCAGGAGCAUGCCCGCCGGCAGCUGUCUCGGUCGUUCCAGACACUCCACCCGGCUGAGCAACAGAUGGCGCAUGAGCAGCACCUACGGUAUUUACAGCACCGGAACCAGGCCUGCCAGCAACAGCAAUACCAGCAGUCGCCCCGCUUGUUCCAGCCGAUCCAAGCACCUCAGUUGAAUCAGCUGCCCCAGUCAAGCCCGUCACCCCAAUUGCCUCAAUUGGUCUACCCGGCCCGGCAGAUACAGGUCGCUCCACCAAUAUGGGUCGCUCGUCAAGCCGGGCCGGCUUAUGGUACCCCAUAUCCAAAUCAGCAACUGCAGACUGUUCCUCAAGGCCAGACUGCUUAUCUCACUCCCCCUACUGCACAACAGUAUCAACCGGCCGUUUCUGCUUCGUUAUUCCACCAUGGAGCCAGCCACAAUUUGCCUAUCGAUCGCAUGCAGCUCAUUUCUCCGGCACCUUCCCGCAAGAGGGGCUUUGAGUUUGUGGACAACGUCGUGCCCGAAAGCUUUGUGGCCAACCCUGAUAGCCAUGGCCGAUGGGUCGUCCCAGACACCAAGAGAAAGGAAAAGAUCUACUUGAACGGACCUCACAGCAAGAAAGCGCGACUUGCCCUCGAGGAAUGA